UGAGAGCAAGUACAUAUAUAUAUAUUGAACGAAGCAAUUAGGAAUCAACCGAGAUCGAUAAUUAGCACACGUACGUGAUAUCUCGAUCGGAUGGCAUCGUUGCGGCUAUUGGCCGGAGUGCUGCUCAUUCUGAUGUCCUCCGCCGCCGUGGGCAUCGCCGGCCGGCCUGCCGGCUGCCAGGCGAGGUGCGGCGACGUCGACAUUCCAUACCCGUUCGGCAUCGGCGGCGGCUGCUUCCGCAGCGCGGGCUUCGAGAUCGCUUGCAACACAAGCAACGGCGGCUUGGUGCCCACCCUCGCCGCCGCCAACGACACCAUCCAGGUGCAGAAUCUGACGGUGUUCCCACGGCCGGAGGUGAAGGUGAUGCUGCCGGUGGCGUACAGGUGCUACAACUCCAGCGGCAACGUCACCGAGCAGUUCUACGGCGACGUGGAGCUGAACAAGACCGGCGUGUACCGCAUCUCCGACGAGCGCAACAAGUUCGUCGUCCUGGGAUGCAACACCGUGGCAUGGAACAAGCACGGGGACAGCGAGGGAAAAGGCCUCUACACAAGCCUCUACUACGCCGGCUGCGUCACCUACUGCAGCGACUCGCUGAGCGCCAAGAACGGCAAGUGCGCCGGCGUCGGCUGCUGCCACGUCGACAUCCCGCCGGAGCUCACCGACAACGUCGUCACCUUCCAGCAAUGGCCGCGCGGCGAACAGGUGGACUUCAGCCCCUGCGACUACGCCUUCCUCGUCGACAAGGAAGAGUACCAAUUCCAGAGGUCUGAUCUCAACAUGGACCGGAAACAGAGGAUGCCGGUGUGGCUGGACUGGGCCAUCCGCGACGUGGCGUCCUGCCCGGCGCCGGAGGUGGAGACGUCGAAGAAGAAUAUGCCAGCUGGAUACGCCUGCGUGAGCGUCAACAGCACGUGCGUCAACUCCACCAACGGCCUCGGAUACUACUGCAACUGCAGCAGUGGCUACGAGGGUAACCCUUACGACGACGAUCCCAAUAAAGGAUGCAAAGACAUCGAUGAGUGCGCACACCCCAACAAGUAUCCUUGCCACGGUGUCUGUAGGAACACUCCAGGAGAUUACGAGUGCCGCUGCCACACGGGUUACCAGCCAAGUGGUGAUGGUCCAAAGAAACAGGAGUGCAGUUCAAAAUUUCCUUUUCCAGCACGGCUUGCUGUUGGUAUCACUUUAGGAUUAUCCUUCCUGAUUGUUGUUGUUCUUUUCACACUAAUGAUGCUUCAAAAGAGAAAAAUGAACAAAUAUUUCAAGAAGAAUGGUGGUUCAGUAUUACAGAAAGUGGACAAUAUCAUGAUUUUCUCCAAAGAUGAGGUUAAGAAAAUCCUAAAGAACAAUUCUGAUAUUAUUGGUGAAGGAGGAUUUGGUAAGGUUUACAAAGGGAGACUAAAAGAUGAUACCCUGGUGGCUGUGAAGACUUCCAUUGAGGUAAAUGAAGCUCGAAAAGAGGAUUUCACAAACGAAGUUAUCAUACAAUCGCAAAUGAUGCACAAUAACAUUAUCAAGCUUUUGGGUUGCUGCUUGGAAGUGGAUGUUCCAAUGUUAGUGUACGAGUUUGCCGCUAAUGGCAGUCUCAAAGACAUUCUCCAUGGUGAUGCGAAUCGUCUAGUUCCUCUAUCACUAGACCUACGCCUAGAUAUUGCAGUUCAAUCUGCAGAAGGUCUAAGGUACAUGCACUCGUCCAUAAGUCAUACCAUACGACACGGUGAUAUUAAGCCAGCUAACAUACUUCUAACUGAUAAGUUCAUUGCGAAGAUCUCAGACUUUGGAACAUCCAAGCUUCUUACUGCAGACAAAGAAUUUACCAUGGUUGUGGCAGGGAGCAUGGGCUACAUAGACCCAAUCUUCUAUAUGACUGGUCAUUUAACACAGAAGAGUGAUGUAUAUAGUUUUGGAGUUGUGUUGUUGGAGCUCAUUAGCAGAAAGCCAACAAUAUAUGACAAGAACUAUAGCCUUGUCAUUGAGUUCCAAAAGGCGUAUGAUCGAGAAAAUAGUGGGAGAGCAUUGUUUGAUAAGGAGAUUGCAAUUGAAGAAGAUGUCUUGAUCUUAGAAGAAAUUGGUAGGUUGGCAAUGGAUUGUUUAAAAGAAAAGAUUGAGGAACGACCUGAUAUGAAGGAGGUAGCUGCACGGCUUAUGAUGCUGCGAAGAUCUAGAAACCUUGGACAAGAAAACUACAAUGUAAGUCCUCAACAGUACUUUGAGGAGAUUAGUAUCGAGGAAAAUUGCAAGAGCUUUGAUGCUGAUAUCGGAACAAGUAGCAGCACAACGCUUCUUUUGCAUUCAGUUUAGUAGCAACGAACUCUCUAGCCCAUAGACUGAGAAUUGGAAGAGAAGAGGGUUAAUAAGCAAUGUAUAUCUUUUUUUUUGUGUGACCUACUUUGUCAAUCAAUUUCCUUUCAUUUGAAAUAGAGUGAUUCAAAGCAUGUAUUUCUUGUUUAUGUUGUUUGUAAUUUAAAGCAGAGAAACAACAUGUGUAUAGUACAUGAUUGUGCAAUACUGCAAUCUAUACAAUAGUGUCAAAGCUCUUGUCGUGUUUUCUA